AUGUCUCUCAGACUGUUGUGCAAACAGAAUAGGCGUCCUUCGAAUGCGUUGUUUUACUUCCGGCAAGAGCAAAAAACCGGGAUCGCACCAACUCGAAUAAUCAUCGAAAAACAACUGGAUUUGACUGUAGGAAUGGUGGUGACUGUCAAUUGGGAUGGAGAAAAAGUAGAAGCGGAGAUCCUGGCUUUAGAUGGUAAGUCUCGCUUAGUUUCGAGUUUUUCAAAGUGACCUGUUUUUCUCGCGGCUUCGCCGCUCGUCUCUUCGGCCUCGGCCGAAGACAAGUUUUUCGUCGGCCGAACAACGCGAGAAAAAAGAACCCUGGAACCCAGGGUAAUUGAAGGAGUGUAGUUAACCUAAUUAAUUACCUUUAGCUAAGGUUUUGCUACAUAUCGAAGAUUUUUUUUUUACUGGCUCAAGGAAACACUCUCGGAAACACACUCUGUAUUUAGCGCUAUAUAAAUCUAAUUUAUUAUUAUUAUUGUUCUUAUUAUCAUCACCGUCAUUAAAGGACAUUCAAUUUUGCUUGUAGAUGACGUGAAAGUUCUAAACACGAAGGAUUUAGAGUGGUCUAAACAAAACUUACCCGUUACUAUGAGCCCCGAGUCGGCGAACGCCGAAGAGAAGGAAAGUAAGAUUUUACAAUAA